CUCGGUUCUUACUUUUUUUACCCAUAUAAAUAUUUUUUAUAAUUUACAGGUUAUUCAUGAAAAUAACCAAAUUAACACUAAUAUUAGUGAAUCAGAACGUACUAGCAGCAAUAACACAAUGUAUACCGUUGCUCUAAAUGAUAAUAGAGCAAUUUCUUUCUGUGGCAUGGAGAAUUUUCUUACCCAAGAAACACAUUCCCGAUUUCGAACUAAAAACUUUAUUGCCCCUUUAUCCUUAUGGGGAUUUAAUUUUAAAUUAUUAUGGGAAAAAUGAAUACAUGCGUAACAAACUGGUUGACAUAAUCAUAAAGCAUAAUAUAUUCUUAUAUUAUGAAACAGUAAGUUUUUUUAUAUUUAUAAUAUACCCCGUUAAUAACUGUUUUUUUUUCAGUCGCCUUACUCACACACAAUAUAUUAUAUUGUGCUCAAAAAUUAUAGCAUGUUUUCCAUCUGAAUGUGCAUCCAUAUAUUAUUCUUCUAGCAGAAAAAUGAAUAAUUUAGUAACACACAGUAAAGGAAAAUUGGUAUCAAAAGCGAGGAAUUUAUUAUAUAUAAGCCCAGAUGAAACAUACGUUAGAAGAAAAAAAUCUCAGAUAAUCCUACCAAAAGACAAAACAUAUAUUCAGAAGGUAUAAUAUUUUAUUAUUUUAUAUAUCAUUAAGGAUGUUACUUUCAGUCUCACUUAAUUAAAUCAUUAGAAAGUGUUAAAACCUUAUUGUGUAAAUUGUAUAGUUAUUUUUUUAAGAAUUUAAAAUACCAUUAUAUUUCAGCCUCGUCUCCUAAAUAAUUAAUAAUUGUAGUUCCUCUACUCCUGCACUGAAUCACACGUUAAAAGCUAAAAAAUUGAAAUUCUUGGGUGACUAAUACCCUUAUCAGUCCCUACGCCAAUUUCAUAACUCAUUCUUUGUUCGUGUGCUGAAUCAUUAACAUCGAUUUAAAAUUUAUAGGAUUUUUAGUUAUUUAUUAUAUUUGAAAAUGCCUAAAAAUUCUAAAAGGCGACGCCGAAGUGAAAGUGAAAGUGAUUUAGAACAAAAAAUUAAGAGGUUAAAAAAGAAACUAAACAAUUUACAAAAACCGGAGAAGAAAAGUGAUUCGGAAUUUUCCAAUACUUGCAGUGAUGAUGGAGAUUAUAAGAUUGGUAGGAAAAAUCAAGUAGAUUGGAGAGACUUACCAUCCACAUCACGUGAUACAUAUAGUGAAUACGUUUGUUCAGGCUCUGAAGACGGAUAAAUUGUUGAAGGUAAGCGAUUUCACACCGGGCAUUUCCUUUUUUAUUUUCAUUUACUGUAAUAAAUGCUUGUGAUAGCAAAAAUGAAUGCUUGGGAUAGCAGAUAUAAAUAUACGCUUGGGAUAGCAUAAAUAAAUAAAUGCUUGUGAUAGCAUAAAUGAAUGCUUGGGAUAGCAUUAGUGAUUGCUUGGGAUGGCAUAAAUAAUUUCU